AUGACACUAUGCAGUCUUUGCAGGACAAUCCCCUUUGAUAAACUCCCUACGGUUCCACGAGAUAUUAAAGAUGGAUAUAUGACCGGGAAUCCUUAUAUCCAACACUUCCGUGGCUGGCCUCCAGAGGACAAAGGAUUUUUGCAUUACCAAAGCCUCGAUGCUCUACAGAGAUCCGCAUCAGAAUUGCAGUGCCCUCUCUGCAAUCUUAUUCUAGAGCAGGUGCUUUUGUGCCAAGCAGAACUUGAGAAGCUCAAGCCGGGUUGGGAACUGAAUAGAGCAUAUGAGUAUGCAUGGCCGCUCUGGGAGUUCUGGCUUAUUAAGCCUGCCUCUGGGAGAGAUGGAUUUUGGGUUAUGACAUUCACGGAUGAACUGGGAUUCAAGGAUGAAGUAAGAACACGUGAGGCAAGACUGGUUGCGGCCAUCGGUCUCUGCGUUGAGGAUGGUGACCCACUGGAGGGAGCUAUUAGCGGUCGCCCGGUUGAAAGACAAAGUGGAACACCUACAGCACUCGGAAGAGCUUUCUUGCCAACCCGUGUUAUCGAUGUUGGCGAGGGCUUCAACUGUCCUUAUGUUAAGCUCCACGAAACACAGAAAUACGAUGCGGGACGAUAUGUGGCCUUGAGGUCUACGCUUCAAGAGCGAAAGGAUGGUAUCCUGGUAGCUAGUCUGCCAAAAACGCAUCAAGAUGCCAUUCAGAUUACCCAAAUGCUUGGGGUGAGAUAUCUGUGGAUAGACAGUAUUUGUAUAUGCCAGGGCGAUAAGGAAGACUGGGAACGAGAAUCAGCCAAGAUGCUUUCAGUCUAUGCUAACUCAUAUCUAACUAUCGCAGCAUCACAUGGCAAGGAUAGCCAUGAAGGUUUGUUUAACGAGAUACCAGCGAGAAAAUACGUUCAGAUUGAUCUCGUGUUUGGGAAUCUCCAAGGUCAAGCUUUGGCCUUCAGCCUUCCUCUCCAAGAAGAGAGUUUCAGCACCGGGUGCUUGAUGAAAGACAAUCGUCCAACCUUUCCCCAAUUUGUGGACUAUAUAACUUUGCCUAAAGAACCUCUCUCCAGACGCGGUUGGACUUUACAGGAGCGUGUUUUAUCUCAUAGAACUCUCCACUACAGCAGUCGGCAAAUGCUAUUCGAAUGCAACGAAGCAUUUCGCGGAGAGGACGGCUUGUUCUUACAAGCUAGAUUCGACACUAUACAUCAAAAGGGGAGCGAAAGAGAUGCUGCAGCGAUUGAUCAUGAAAGCGAGCAUUCCAUUUACAAAGACGCGUUAUUGAAGUCGUGGUAUAGACUGGUUCAGCUGUAUGGACAACGACAUCUCUCAGUACCAUCGGACAAACUUCCUGCUAUAUCAGGCCUUGCCAGCAUCUUUGCGGAACGGUUGGGUGACCAGUACCUAGCUGGGCUUUGGCGAUCUGACCUCGUGGCGGGGCUGUGCUGGCAAGGUUUGAAACACGGGCGCAGACGCGUGAGAGAGUACAGGGCUCCUUCUUGGUCAUGGGCAUCCGUAGAUGGGUAUAUUUCAUUGGGCUUUCCACUUGCCCAUAACAUAUUGGCGACGAUCAUAGAUGUUGAAGUUACGCUCAAAGGCGCAAAUCCCUAUGGCGAGGUCCUGGAAGGAAAGAUCGAGAUCUGUGCGCCGAUGGAACGUCUGUGUCCGGUUCGAGGAGAAUCAACGCAGCCGGUUGAAUUUGAACUGCGGGUGGAAAACGCUCAGACUGUACGAACAAUGUGCUGCUUCGACUCUAUUGAGUUCUCUGAAGACCUUUUCAAGGAAGCAGGCGGAAUACCGGAGAAUAUUCAAGGGAGGGAGUUUUUUGCUCUGAUUCUUAUAGAGCUAUCAGGCUUAAGAGAUGACAAUCUCCCAUUCUUGGGGUUGGUUGUUGAAAGGAUCAAGGGAAAGGAAGAAUAUCAGAGAGUCGGGAACUUUAGAACUUCUGGAAAAGCAUUGAGAAUAGAGACCAAAGGGAGAGAAAAGGAUCGAGCUCAGUCAAUUACUCUUAUAUAG